AUGGAACGCUUACCGCGCGACAUUUACGACGAGAUAUGCACAUACAUUGACCGAACUUCAUUCGACAGGCCAGCCCUCGCUACUGUGUCUCGUCAAUGGCAAAUCGCAGUUGAGCGGUUGACUUUUAAGGAACUCUGCCUCAAAAGCACCGAACUCGACACAUUCCAGCUCAUCCUGCAGGAACCCCGCCGUCGGCCCCUAACCAGACUCAAGUUCAUUGUCGUGCUUUCGAGCUACGGUGACGAAAUGCGUUGCAAGUUCGAAAACGCGGACGACCGGUCAGCAAACGACCAAGCCUUUACUGAUGCCUUCACCACGCUUUUCGAGAUACUACAUCAGUGGAAUCCACAGGAAGUAGGGUCCGUCGAGUUCAUACUGGAGGACAUCUAUUCAAUCUCGGACCACGCAUUUAUACGCAUCUCAGACCCGAGCCGAGAUACGGAGAAGGCCAUCUCCCGAGUGCUCCUUGACGAGAAUCAAAACGAGGGUUGGAAGGUUAUCGACCUGUGGAGCUUCCGGUUCUGCUACUCGUACAUUCGCUUCACUGAAAACUACACACUACCUGCCGUAUCAACUCAGCAAAAGCGAGUCUGGCUCGCAACACCGCCCCGGAUCUUGGGGAUCAAUCCCCAGACGCUCUAA